CUGGUUACUGGUUAGGUCUCGAGACACGUGUUCCCAAAUUUUAAGGACCGGUGGAAAGAGUGAAACAUCCUGCGUCUUCCCGAAGGGAAGAUAUUUAUUAAAAAAGAAGGGAGAAGAAGAAGAAUACGUUGUCUUUCUAACGCGGGGUGCAAUAAACUGAAAACAAAAUGGUUUUGUACAAUUUCAAGAAAAUCACGGUUGUCCCAACUGCGAAGGACUUCAUCGACAUAAUCUUGUCGAAGACACAACGGAAGACACCGACCGUUAUUCACAAGAAUUAUAAGAUCACAAGGAUACGCGCUUUCUACACGCGGAAGGUGAAAUUCACUCAACAGAACUUCCACGAUAGAUUGUCCCAAAUAAUACAAGAGUUUCCCAAGCUGGACGAUGUCCAUCCGUUCUAUGCCGACUUGAUGAACGUCCUGUACGAUAAGGACCACUAUAAGCUAGCUCUUGGACAGAUAAAUACCGCUAGGCACUUGAUUGACAAUGUAGCAAAGGAUUACGUUCGUCUGUUGAAGUAUGGAGACUCGUUAUAUCGGUGUAAGCAACUGAAGAAAGCCGCCCUGGGCCGAAUGGCCACCAUUAUGAAGAGACAAGCGGCCAAUUUAACGUAUCUUGAGCAAGUUCGUCAACACUUGGCUCGUCUGCCAAGUAUAGAUCCGUACACGCGUACAAUAAUCAUAUGCGGGUUCCCAAACGUGGGCAAGAGCAGUUUCAUUAACAAAAUCACUCGAGCCGACGUCGAGGUACAACCGUAUGCGUUCACGACGAAAUCUUUGUACGUGGGGCAUACCGACUAUAAGUACUUGAGAUGGCAAGUGAUUGACACACCUGGAAUAUUGGAUCACCCGCUGGAAGAGAGAAACGUCAUAGAAAUGCAGGCGGUGACUGCUCUCGCUCACUUGCGAGCCGCUGUGCUUUACUUCUGCGACUUGUCAGAGCAGUGCGGUCAUACCUUGGAGGAACAGGUAAAACUGUUCGAAUCCAUAAAGCCUUUAUUCACGAACAAGCCUUUGAUGAUAGUCUUGAACAAAAUGGAUAUUGUACGUUUGGAUGAGUUAUCCUCGGAGAAAAGGGCUGUUUUGAAGCCGCUCGAGGACGAUGCGAAUGUGCCUGUGCUAGAAAUGAGCACCGUCACCGAUUUUGGAGUGAUGGAAGUGAAAUUGGAGGCUUGCGAGCGACUUCUGGCCUACAGAGUCGAUCAAAAGUUCAAGACUAAAAAGGUGGAAGGGCUUCUUAACCGAUUGCACAUUGCUCAACCGAGAAGAGUGGAUCCUAAUCGCGUGCCGUGUAUUCCGGAGAGCGUUCUGAAGAAGAGGCAGGCUGCCGCGGAGAAAGCUGAGAGAAAACGCAAAUUGGAAAGGGAGAUAGAGGAGGAAAUGGGAGACGAUUAUGUGCUUGAUUUGAAGAAAAAUUACGAUAUCGAAGGAGAUCAGAAAUAUGAUGUUAUUCCGGAAAUAUGGGAGGGUCACAACGUCGCGGAUUACAUAGAUCCAGACAUAUUUGAAAAAUUGAAUCAACUGGAAAGGGAGGAGCAGUUGAGGGAAGAGGCUGGCCUUUACGAUUAUAAGGUGCCGGAAUUGUCGGAGACGAUGCGCGAGAUUAAAGAGCUAGCGAAGCAGAUUCGCGAGAAGAAGUUCGUCAUGAAGGACGAGGCGCGAAUAGUGAAGGCUUCCACGAAGCCGAUUAUGCCGCGUACAGCCGCCGCCAGGACCCGUGACCGAUCGGCCGUGAAGCUGAAGGAGCAGAUGGAAGAUCUAGGCGUGGAUAUGGAAGAUACCGAAAACGCGCACUUCAAACGAACGAGAGCACGGUCCAGAUCGCGGUCAGAACCAUCUAGGAAACGCAUGCGUGUGGAAUCGUCACAGUCGCGUGCUCGCAGUGUCUCGAAACCGCCGCGAGAUGAGAUGGGUGUUAAAGAUGUUGUGAUGAAGACGAAACUGAAAAACAUUGCAAACAAGGUACAAAAGAAGAAGAUAGCCAAGAAGGGUCUCAAGGGCGAGGGCGAUCGUUUUAUCGGCAACAAGAUGCCAAAGCAUUUAUUCUCCGGCAAAAGAGGAAUCGGCAAAACAUCCAGGAGAUAAAGUUUUCAUUCAUAUCUUACACGUUACUUGUACUUCUUCGUUUGUAUCGUAUAUACGUCUGUGUAUAUAAAAAGGAAACAUCAUCUUUGGAAAUGUAAUUUUCAAUCCAGAUUGUAUUCGAGGUACUAUAUCGAAUGUUACAUUAACCGACGCUCGGAUAACUGUCGCUAACCGAUUUAUAUUUGAUUUAUGAUCAAUAAUGCGAUUGUAGUUUGUGAAUGAAACUCCUCGCGUUUCGCGUGUUUAUUGAAGGAGACAGCGGAGAUCGGUUUUUCGUUCCUCCGUCGUUAUCAGCUGCUAAACAAGCAUCUUUGACAAUAGUAUUUUUGUGACGGCCCAGCGUGGCACGAAUGCGCGUGGUUGCAUAAUGCACACAAGGUAACCUUCGAACUCGAACGGGGUAAGCAGCGGCGUCACGCUCAAUGAAACUUUAUUGCUGUCGUAGCGAGAUAACCCCUCGCGCCGAUGGUAGAUUUCACAUUACGUUCUAUUCAUAAAAUCACGACACUCGAUUCGACUCAAUGUGUCGAUUUUGUAGUUGUACGAUUCUAAUUUUAAAACAUUUACGAAGUUACAAUUAUUUAAAUAAUAAAAGUGA